AUGGCUUUUCAAGAAGAAACCCUAAACCUUCAAAUGAAAGAUUUUGUGCUUGUGAAACCAUCAAAGUCCACUCCUUCUUGUAUUCUUUCUCUUUCCACAAUUGACAAUAGAGAUAUCUAUAACAACCAUUGUCAUAUUGUUCAUGUAUACCGAUCAUCGCCGAUUCAUGAUUCUGAUUCGAGUUUCGACAUUUUUCAUGUAUUCAAAGAAGCACUUUCAAAGGCUUUGUUUUAUUAUUAUCCUCUUGCAGGUAAGCUAGUGGAAUCUGCUGAUGAUGGAAAACGUAGAGUCCACUGUAAUCCUAAUGCAGAAAAUUACGGUGUUCCAUUCUUGGAAGCAACUGCUAAUUGCACCCUUUCAUCUCUUCACUAUUUGGACAAUACUGACCUAGAAAUUGCUAAGUAUUUAGUGUUUGAUCCUCAAGAUAAAAGUUACCCUUUGGUGUUGAAGGUAACAAAAUUUCUUUGUGGUGGUUUCACAAUUGGAAUGGGAGUGUUGCAUGCAGUCUGUGAUGGAUUUGGUGUAUCUCAAUUCUUGAAAUCAAUUGUUGAACUUUCGAAGGGAAGAACGGAGCCCUCGGUGAUACCUGUGUGGGAAAGAGAGAGACUAGUUGGAUCAAUAACUAAACAACCAUUUCCAGAAAGUCCCAUGAACAAUGUUGCAUUUUCACCUUUUCUGAAUGAAACCAGUAGUACAGUUAUCAAGAAAUAUUGUUUUAAAGUGGAGGGUGAAAUGAUGAGAAGGUUAAAGUUGAGUUUGAUGAAGGAAAAUGAAAAUCUAGGGUUCACAACUUUUGAAGCUCUGGCUGGUUUUGUGUGGAGGUCAAGAGCAAGAGCUUUAAAACUUAACAACAAUGGAGAAACAAUGUUAUCUGUGCUAGUUGCCAUGAGACGCAACUUGAAGGAUUUUGAACCUUUACCUAAAGGGUAUUAUGGUAACUCUUGUGUGGAUGCAAACCUAGUGUUGAAAGUGAGUGAGCUCAACGAAAGGCCACUCUAUGAAAUUGUUAAGCUCAUCAAAGAGACUAAAAAAGUUGGUUCUACUAGUGAGUAUGUCAAAAACUCAAUCGACACAUGGGAGACGUAUGGUAAGGAGAGUUGGAAAAUGAAAAGUGGCGGUGCAGUAACAGUUCUGACAGAGUGGAGGCAUUUGGGUUUUGAAAGUGUAGAAUUUGGUGGGAAUGAAGUGGUGAAUCUAGUACCAGCACCAUGCAACUUGUUUGCCAAUGUGGAUAUCAGCAUUUUUACAUCUUCUAAUAAAAUUGAUGAUGAGAAUGAUCCAUCAAUGAAAGGAGGAGUUAAUCUUUUCACAUCACUCCCUGUUGAUGCCAUGCCUAGGUUCAAAGAGGAAAUUGAAUCUUUAAGGUUUCUUAGUUGA